GAGCUGGGAGGGAGCUUUAAGGGGCGGACGGGCGGGAGGUCGGGGUCCUCCGGGGAUUAGAGCCGGUGGGCUCGCUGUGGGCGCCAUUUCUCGGCGUCUCCCGAGGAGUCGCCCCUUCCUCAGCCUUGCUCGGCUCUUUUCCCCUCUGGUCGCCGGGGCCGCGCCGUCCCCGCUCAGUGACAAAAAUGCUGAGUUUCUUCCGUAGAACACUGGGGCGUCGGUCUAUGCGUAAACAUGCAGAAAAGGAACGACUCCGAGAAGCACAACGCGCAGCCACACAUAUUCCUGCAGCUGGAGAUUCUAAGUCCAUCAUCACGUGUCGGGUGUCCCUUCUGGAUGGUACUGAUGUUAGUGUGGACUUGCCAAAAAAAGCCAAAGGACAAGAGCUGUUUGAUCAGAUUAUGUACCACCUGGACCUUAUUGAAAGCGACUAUUUUGGUCUGAGAUUUAUGGAUUCAGCACAAGUAGCACAUUGGUUGGAUGGUACAAAAAGCAUCAAAAAGCAAGUAAAAAUUGGUUCACCCUAUUGUCUGCAUCUUCGAGUUAAGUUUUAUUCGUCAGAACCAAAUAAUCUUCGUGAGGAGCUAACCCGGUAUUUAUUUGUUCUUCAGUUAAAACAAGAUAUUCUCAGUGGAAAAUUAGACUGUCCCUUUGAUACAGCAGUGCAGUUGGCAGCUUAUAAUCUGCAAGCUGAACUUGGUGACUAUGAUCUUGCUGAGCAUAGUCCUGAACUUGUCUCUGAGUUCAGGUUCGUGCCUAUUCAGACUGAAGAGAUGGAACUGGCUAUUUUUGAGAAAUGGAAGGAAUACAGAGGUCAAACACCAGCACAGGCUGAAACCAAUUAUCUGAAUAAAGCCAAAUGGCUAGAAAUGUAUGGGGUUGAUAUGCAUGUGGUCAAGGCUAGAGAUGGGAAUGACUAUAGUUUGGGACUAACACCAACAGGAGUCCUUGUUUUUGAAGGAGAUACCAAAAUUGGCUUAUUUUUUUGGCCAAAGAUAACCAGAUUGGAUUUUAAGAAGAAUAAAUUAACCUUGGUGGUUGUAGAAGAUGAUGAUCAGGGCAAAGAACAGGAGCAUACAUUUGUCUUUAGACUGGAUCAUCCGAAAGCAUGCAAACAUUUAUGGAAAUGUGCUGUGGAGCAUCAUGCCUUCUUCCGCCUUCGAGGCCCUGUCCAAAAGAGUUCUCAUCGAUCAGGAUUUAUUCGACUAGGAUCACGAUUUAGAUAUAGUGGGAAAACAGAGUAUCAGACCACAAAAACCAAUAAAGCAAGAAGAUCAACAUCCUUUGAAAGAAGGCCCAGCAAACGAUAUUCUAGACGAACUCUACAAAUGAAAGCAUGUGCUACAAAACCUGAAGAACUUAGUGUUCACAAUAAUGUUUCGACCCAAAGUAAUGGCUCCCAACAGGCUUGGGGGAUGAGAUCUGCUCUGCUUGUGAGUCCUUCCAUUUCCUCUGCUCCUGUGCCAGUGGAGAUAGAGAAUCUGCCACAGAAUCCUGGAACAGACCAGCAUGACAGGAAAUGGCUCUCUGCUGCCAGUGACUGCUGUCAACGUGGUGGAAACCAGUGGAACACAAGGGCCUUGCCCCCACCCCAGACCGCACAUAGAAACUACACUGACUUUGUUCAUGAGCACAGUGUGAAGAAUGCAGGAAUCCGUCAUGAUGUUCAUUUUCCUGGCCAUGCAGCCAUGACUGAGAUAUGAGUGUUGAGCCUGUUAGGCAUUGGGACUCUUUGUCAUGCAAGUUGAUGGUAUACAUUAUCUGGUGUUUAUGGGAGAAUUUAUAGUGGAGUCACUAGUUGUUUAGUGCUGUUUGUAAUUGAAUUCUUCCACGAAAGGGGCAAGGAAUCUAAGAAGCCGUAUGCCGUCAAUGAUAAUGAUUAAUUUUUUGUAUUGAAAAGAGUAUGUAUACCAUUGUGAUUUUGGAAAGGUUUUCAUGAUUUUAGUAUGUGAACACAUCACCCAGACUAUAUCUAAGGAGAAAGUUUGUGUUUGUGAACAAGGUGCCCAUUAUUCCCCCACCACAUGCCAUCCAAAGAGAUCGAGGUUAAAAGAAUCAGACACACUAAAAACACACUGGAAGCAUGUCCAGGCAUGAUAUAUCAGCCUUUUGAGAUAUUUAUUAAAAACUUGUUCUUAUACACUAUUUUAAUAUGUCUAAAGUGACACAUGCCUUAAUUUAAGUGCCUAAGAUUUGAAUUAAUGUAAUUUUAAAUUACAAACACUUUUACUUUUUAAUAAACACAAAUAUUUUAACUUACCAAAAAGUUUAGAGAUCACAUUAAUAAUGUGGCUCUUGUAUAGAGAAAUCUGAGUGGUUACUUUUGAAUGGUUAACUGGUUAACCAUUCAGUGGUUGACUGAGUGGUUACAUUACUACUGAAUGGUUAUAUAAAAUGGAAAACAUAUUUACUUUGUCUUUUCAUUUUACUGGCUUUUCUCUUUCAUCUCAUACACCUGACAGAUUACCCAGGUUUGCAACAGUCUCAUAAUCUGAUACUGUACAACCUUUAAAAUAAAAUUCUGAAGCCAAAACCAUAUGAUUUUUAGAUUGUAUUACUAUUUUUGAUCCUUUUUGAACUUUAGAAUUUCAAGCUCCUUAGUUUAAUUAAUAGAGGCAUAUUAGCUGGAAAAAGUCCAUUUCUGAUAGGAAAAAAUGUAAGGGAAGCAUUUCUUCUGUCUUUUUUUAGUUUUCUUUUAGAUUUUAGAAAAAUUUUCAAACUUAAACUCUGUAUAUAGAAAUUUAUAGAUAUUUUGUAUUUCGACGAGUUUAUAAUGCUUCAAGAUAAUGAAGCUUCAUUAUAAGCAGCUUAACUCAUUUAAUGCAUCCUGCUCACAUAGAGGUUGGUUUUAUAUCUCAAAUCCUUCCUGCCAGACAAAGAUUAAGGUUUCAGAGGGCUUAAUACUGGACUAUUGGCUCAAUACUGAGUGGUCGGUUGCAGUUUGUCCAUAGAAGACCUAAAUAAGCAGAACUUACUAAUACUUAAAGAACAAAAUUUGUAGGCAGGUUUCAAUCUGAGUUCAGUAUAAUUAUAUAUAAGGGGAUGGCCACUCAAAGUAUUUAGCGCAUCCUCUAAAUAGAAAUAGAUCUGUAUCUUAAAUAGCCUGGCUCCCAUCUUUAUAAGCCCAUCUUCAUUUAGUGAGCUUAAAAAUGGCCACUAAUGUAUGGCCCUUAUAAUUGUUUUAGACUUUACUAGCUCAGAUGAUAAUUGCUAAGUAUUGUCAUUGCUGAUAUUUUUUCUUAAAAGAGAGGAAUUUGGAUCAUAACAUUUUAAGUACAGAAGCUCUGGGUUCAAGAAAAGAUUUCAUGGUAUGUAUAUCAUUUAAAAAAGUACUGUUUCUAUAGUAGAAGCCAAAGAGGCACAAUGAAUAACAAGCUUUCCUGGUCUUUUAGAAAGCUGUAAGGUUUGACUUGACUCACUUUAAAAUUAUUCUUAAUCUGCAGGACAGAUGCUGAUAUAAUGCCCCAUAUAUAUCUUAGCAGAUUGUAAUUGAAGAGUAAGAGCUUUCAGUUCAUAUUGAAAGUAGCCAUUUCUAUAGAAUUUGAAUUAAUCAGUACUGUUACAUUUAAGGGAAGAUUCACAUCAUGGUUUUUCUUUUGUUGAAAACCUUGUUGUAAAGAAUUCAUUUGUGAAUUCCUGAUGAGAGAAACUGGAUUGGAUGGGUGUUAGGGAUGGAGGCAGCGAUAGGGGUGAGGAAAGUAAAGGGCUAAGGCUGGAUGGUAGUAAAAUUAAACUUAUCUAUUUUAUAAAAGUUGCCAUAUGCUUCAGAAUUUCUUAUCAAAUAUGGCACAUAUUUGUUCUUUCUACUGAUAUUUGCAAGAUGGAUAUAUAUGUUGUUUCCAGAGCUAUCAGGUAUUUAUAAGUAGCUCAAUCUAAAUUAAAUAAAUUGUCACCAACCUAUUUACACUCUGCAUUUUAUUAUGCCUAAAGGGUCAGUGAUGAUAAAAUUCGGAAUUAGAGAAGUAAUACCCUCCAGAAGCGCCUUACUGGGUCACCGUCCUUUUGAUCAAAGGGUGUCAGCAGCACAGAACUUAAGUAUUAUGUCAUUUAAUUUAUAGUGCUUUGGCUAAUUUUAUUUAACAUAAUUAAUUUUAACAUCCUGAAUUAGGUUGGUUUUAUUUUGACUGUUUGUACAGUCAAGGAAACUUGUAGAAACACAGCAAAGCUAGUGACCUUCACACUUUCAUGCAUGAACAUAAAUGAGCUCAUAAGAUCAUUGUCUCUUUUUGUUGAAUUUCAAAGGCAUUUACCUAUCUUGGAGUAAAACCUAAUGUUUCUGACCUUGAUAGGAUAAUCAUAGAUAAUAUACUUUUAAAUGAAUUUGCAGAGAAAAAUAAAUUUUAUUUGUGCUGCUAUGUGUAUAAUAUGUCUAUUUUGAAAAGCACCUAGUAUACAAACACUAAUAUUGUAAUACCAGUAUAAUUCAAAUCAUCUUUUUUUUGGAGGGGAGUUUAUUUAAAGUGUUGGACAAAAAAAUGUUAUUUAUAACACUUGGUUGGGUCUUUUUUUUUUUUUUAAUUUCUUGUUGUUGUUCACUGUUCAAAAGGUACAUCACCAAGUUGGAUCUUUUUAUUCACCAAUGUAAACUGAACAAGUUCGACGAUGGUUGUCCGCUAUUAGUGCCUCAUGCCCAAAUGGUGGGAACUAUGGUUGUUUGAGCCAUGGUACUGUCUUUGGUCAGGGCACAUUCUUCAUUUCUAAACCAUAGUUCAUUGCUUUGAGAGGCUGUUAUUUUAGUGUUAGUCUUUGAAUAUUGGUUUGAAAAUAAUACAGUUACUAUUUUUUAUGGUUGGUAUUAGGACCAUUAUUUGUUUUGCUAAAACAAAAUCAUCUUGUUUCAAUAACAUUUUAUCUCUUUCCCACCACAUACUUCCUUCCUGAAUUUUAAUAUGUAUUAUACCACAUCAUCAGUUAUAUUCUUGCUUUCCAGGAUUGUUGUGAAUGCUUGCAUGUGAGAUGCUUUUACAUAAGGGCUAGGAUUUGGAGAUACUUCUGUGGUGGGGAAACAGCUUUCUUUCCUUCCUCCUUCAUGCCUGCCUCUUCCCCUGCCCCCAUGUAUAAAAUGUGAUUUAUCAGCUCCUUUCUAGAUAUUAUGAAUCAUGUGAAUUUAGAUAUGGUAGUCUUCCUCUACCCCCCCCCCUUUGCAGAACAUAAAAAUUUCUCAUCCUCUGUUCAUAAAAAUGUUUACUCACAUGAAAACAUUGUGAGAAUGGAAUCUUGUUCCAUUAACGUUAGCCUUGGUGGUGUAGAAAUUAGGACAUGAAGCAUGUCACUUUCAGUGUAAAAUAUGUCAAGGAGCUUAAUUUCUUUCAUCAAUUCUGGACAAUUGCUAAUGUAGUAAUACACUUUAGUUGCUUUGAGCACCUUGGGCUGGUGAGAAGGGACAUACAUAGUAUCUUUGUUAAAGAAUGAGUUACGAGAAGAGAAAAUUAAAAAAAAAAAUUGGUGAAAGGAAAA